ACCGUUGUAUGUUGACUGACUGCAUUUUGCGAUUAUCAAUUUUAUUUCGUGUUAUUUCCUUAAAUUUUUUGUGUUUAUGCCAACACAGUAUUAUAAUGUUUACUUAUUAAAUCUCAAAGUAACUGUACGAUUGAGCUGUUAAUCGUAUACAGUUCGCCAUGUGGGAAUUCGAGGAUGUGCUUGAAGAAGCGCUCGAGGAUGCACGAGUCUUCGGCCCAGAGUUACUUCACGUCGCUCGCCGUGAAAUUUAUGCCCUAAAUUCGAAUCUUGAUAUUACUCCAUACGGUUUACGAAGUGUACCCACUCAUACGGAAGAUGGUAUACCCAUUCGGAAGCUGUAUGUUUCAAACCUACCCCCAAAGACAUCCCGAACAGAGCUGUUUGGUGUGUUUGCUCAAUAUGGAUUUAUCAAAAGCUGCUGGCUGCGAAUGGGAGACAGGGGCCCAAACAGAACUCCUACUCCUACAUACGCAUUUGUGACCUUCAGCGAUCCCGCAGAUGCGCACAAAGCCCUAAUGGCACCAGAUCAAGAGAAGAUACUCAAAGGUUACAAGCUCAAAACAUCUCCCGCGGACAGCUGGCACCAACCUGCUGAGGAUGCUGAUGGCCAAGUCCUGUGGAAGUCUAGGACCCGGCAAUAUGGCAGUAGUCCAGCUCCAGAACAGGGCCAAGUUCCUUUGGAAUCUUCAACGGACAGUGGAGAAGCUGCAACACAGGAAAAUAAUGCAGAGGCAAAUGCAGAAGAUAAUGAAAACACAGAGAAGACAUACACAAUAUUAGACAUACUGAAUAGAGACUGCCUAGCGCACGUACUCAACUUCAUUCCCAUCAUAGACUUGAUCCGGUCCGAGCGAGUGAGCAAGCGCUGGCAGAGCUUGGUCCAGGAACAUAUUAAUGGUAUUCGCAAAUUUAAGACGUCAUGGUGGCAACACGGUACAGUUACGUUGACGACUGCGGUAUUACGGCGGGUACUACAGCGAUUGGGUCCGAACCUAACAAAAUUGCACAUCGACCACCACUGGUCGGCGCUGAACGACCGCACGGCGCACACGGUCGGCAAGUUCUGCCCCAACCUGGAGGAGCUCAAGGUUGUUGGGAUGUAUACUAAAAAUUGGAAUCCACUUAUUUAUGGAUGUAAAUUUUUAAAAGCUCUGACCUUUGUCUCUUGCAACAAGCUGUCCGACUCAAGUUUAGUACGAAUAGUAAAAAGCGAGGCGAGCAUAGAAAGCAUAACAGUAGCCAACAACACGCACGUGACCGGUCUCUUCCUCACCGGCUCCAACCCGCCGCGGCUACACACGCUCUCGUUCUACAACUGCUACAGCCUGCAGGGCACCGUCAUAUGCGCCGCCAUAGACACCCUACCCAACCUCAAAACCCUCCGGCUAGACGUAUGCCCCGUCACCAUGUGGAAGAUCAUUCCCCUCAUACUCAACAAGCUGCCGCAACUAGAGGAACUGUCCCUCAGCGAAUACACAUCCAUGGAAGUCUGCUCGACGCCACAAGUCAACAUCGACUUUUGCGAAUCGCUUUCCAAGAUGACUGAGUUGAAAGUUUUGAACCUCAGCAGGAAUAUUUACAUAAAUAACGCGAUACUGAAGACGGUCGCACAGACGUGCAGCAAGUUGGAGUCUCUGAAUAUCUCUAGUUGUAAUUCUAGAAAGAUCAACCCUCAACCAGUUGUAACUUCAGGCGUAAGCGACGAGGGCAUCCUAACCAUAUGCCGGUCGUGCACUGCGCUCCGUAAACUGGACAUCUCGUACAUCGCGCUGCUGACGGACGCGGGCGUCGCGGCCGCCGUGCGGUGCGCGCGCCUCGCGAGUCUCACCGCGCGCGGCAACGCCUCACUCACCGCCGCGCCUUUUACUACCGUGUUGGACGGCUGUACCCAGCUACAGGAGCUGGAUGUGUGUGGCUGCGACAGCGUGUCCGAAGAGCUGGUGGAGGCGGCCACGGCGGCGCUGGCGCGGACGCCGCGCCCGCUCGUGCUGCGGAUGGGAGGAACCGCCGCCAUGCAAGAGAGUUACCCCUCGCACAAGCUACUGGUAGUGGACACGGAGGACCUGAGCAACCCGCACCUGAGGCCGGACUUCGUGGACCGCAUCUUCGAGGACAGCUCCGACGACUCGCUCGACGACCCCUAUGACCACGACAACUUCGACGACUUCUUCGGAUCCGACGGAGACGAAGAAGGGUGGGAAGAUCUCGACUACGACGACGCGAUGUACGCAUACGGGCUGCACCCGCAGAACAUGCUGCUCAUGUAACGACUCUGGCCCCGUCCACCGGCUCCACGGAAUGUAUAUUAACUUGUGUUGUACGCUUACUAUUUAUUUAUACAAUCAGUGCCCGACUGCAUAAUAAAGUACAAGGUGUUAUGCAAGCUCCACAAAAGGAUUAUUGAUGGAGUCAACUUAGAAGUUUAUCUGUGAUUGUUUUUAUUUUAUUAUUUCCAUGUGUAUUUAGAUAAUAGAAAAUCAUAUCCUAUUUUUUUAAUAUCAAUGUUAAUAGGAAACGAGUUUGUUUCUCAUGUCCACCAUGUUGAGUGUUAGUGAAAUUUUCGUUCAAAACUGAUAACUGUGAUUGAUGGAGCUUGUAUUGUUAUUAAUCCGUCACAGCGCCCUUGUAGUCAUUUUUAUUUACCUACAUUGCUAUGUAAAAAUAUUUAUGUAACAUGUAAAAUAUGUUAAGUAAAGUCUGAGACAAUUGUGAUAGAAUACUAUUUAAUUUUUGAUUUCCCCUUGUAACAGCAGCUUAGUUUAAAUCUUAACAUUUUAGCAGAUACAUUUUGUUUAUAUACUACUUAAAUAAUUAUAUUUUUAAUAGAAUUAUUACUGCCCCUGACCAUUGUAUAUUUUGUUACAUUUGUCAAGAUAUUCCUGUUAUUACCCUCAUGAUGUCCACUAAAUCUCUUCAUAAUACUGAGAAGAAUUUCCUUGUUAUUUUAUUUGUUUUAAUCAUUUUGGAUUACUUUUAAUUCAAGAAGAACAGUCAAUUUUCUCUAAUUUGUAACAAUAGAGUGUGAUGUUUAUUUCCUAAUUUAGACAUUGUUUUAAGUUUAGACUCCUUUUUCAGGAUUUUUUAUGUUAUUAUAUUUUCCUUUUUAAGAUCUUAAUACAUUGCAAUCAAAGAUGAUUUUAUUUUCAUAUAGAGAAUGUGGUAAGUUUUUGUGGUUUGUGAUCACUUCAAUAACAAUCAGUGCUCUUAUUUAUAUACUAUAUUUUUUUUAUUUUAUUUAAAAGGUGUAAUUCUAUGGUGAAAUGGUUUUCAUAUGAGAAACCUUUUUGUUGAUUCUGAUUGGAUUGUCUAAUUUCAAUUUAGUGACUCACUAAAAUGAGGAAUGGUUUUUGUUAUAAAUACACAAGAAACCUUGAAUUACGAUAGAGGCAUUGUUUUUUUACAAUAUUUUGUUGAGUUACCUACCUACUUAUUUAUUGUUUUAGUAAAGGCAUGGUGUACUGUAAUACAUGUCAGUAACUAGCAUGAACUUGUUUUUCUUUUAUAUUGUAACUGGGUAAUUUUGCUUUCAAAUGUUACUAGAAAUGAUUUGUUUUUGUGUUUUAGGAUAAAACUCAUUGCAUGAGAUAAUUUGUGAAAAGAUCUUAGUUUUUAUACAUUAAUUUAUCAAUAAGAAAUUAAAUAUAAACAUUAUCAUCUGGAA